AUGGUAAACAUACACCCCAAACCUUUCUCGUAUUCUGAAUGUGGAAAAUGUUUUGUCAGAAAUGUAGCUUUUGUCAGUCAUCAGAGAACUCACACAGGAGAGAAACCCUUCUCCUGUUCUGAAUGUGGAAAACGUUUUGGGUAUCAUUCAAAUCUUCUUAGUCAUCAGAGAACUCACACAGGAGAGAAACCGUUCGCAUGUUCUGAAUGUGGAAAAUGUUUUGGGCAUCACUCAACUCUUCGUAUACAUCAGAUAACUCACACAGGAAAGAAACCGUUCUCGUGUUCUGAAUGUGACAAAUGUUUUGUCACAAAAGCAGAGCUUGUCAUUCAUCAGAGAACUCACACAGGAGAGAAACCGUUCUCGUGUUCUGAAUGUGGUAAACGUUUUGGGCAUUAUUCAAAUCUUCUUAAACAUAAGAGAACUCACACAGGAGAGAAACCGUUCGCAUGUUCUGAAUGUGGAAAAUGUUUUGUGGAAAAUACAAAUCUUGUCCAUCAUCAGAGAACUCACACAGGAGAGAAACCCUUCUCCUGUUCUGAAUGUGGAAAAUGUUUUGUCACUAAAGCAGUGCUUGUCUGUCAUCAGAGAACUCACACAGGAGAGAAACCCUUCUCCUGUUCUGAAUGUGGAAAAUGUUUUGGGUAUCGUUCACAUCUUCUUAGACAUCAGAUAACUCACACAGGAGAGAAACCGUUCUCAUGUUCUGAAUGUGGAAAAUGUUUUGGCAAUCACUCAACUCUUCGUACACAUCAGAUAACUCACACAGGAAAGAAACCAUUCUCGUGUUCUGAAUGUGACAAAUGUUUCUUCACAAAAGCAGAGCUUGUCAGUCAUCAGAGAACACACACAGGAGAGAAACCGUUUUCGUGUUCUGAAUGUGGAAAAUGUUUUGUCACAACAGCAGUGCUUGUCAGUCAUCAGAGAACUCACACCGGAGAGAAACCGUUCUCCUGUUCUGAAUGUGGAAAAUGUUUUGUCACCAAAUCAGAUCUUGUCCGUCAUCAGAGAACUCACACAGGAGAGAAACCGUUUGCAUGUUCUGAAUGUGGAAAAUGUUUUGUCAAAAAUACAAAUCUUGUCCAUCAUCAAAGAACUCACACAGGAGAGAAACCCUUCUCCUGUUCUGAAUGUGGAAAAUGUUUUGUCAAAAAUACAAAUCUUGUCCAUCAUCAGAGAACUCACACAGGAGAGAAACCGUUCUCAUGUUCUGAAUGUGGAAAAUGUUUUGGGCAUCGUUCACAUCUUGUUAUUCAUCAGAGAAAUCACACAGGAGAGAAACCGUUCUCAUGUUCUGAAUGUGGAAAAUGUUUUGUCAAAAAUACAGAUCUUGUCCGUCAUCAGAGAACUCACACAGGAGAGAAACCGUUCUCGUGUUCUGAUUGUGGAAAAUGUUUUGUCACAAAAGCAUAUCUUGUCAGUCAUCAGAGAACUCACACAGGAGAGAAACCCUUCUCCUGUUCUGAAUGUGGAAAAUGUUUUGUCACAAAAGCAUAUCUUGUCAGUCAUCAGAGAACUCACACAGGAGAGAAACCCUUCUCCUGUUCUGAAUGUGGAAAAUGUUUUGUCACAAAAGCAUAUCUUGUCCGUCAUCAGAGAACUCACACAGGAGAGAAACCGUUCGCAUGUUCUGAAUGUGGAAAAUGUUUUGUCCAAAAUACAGAUCUUGUCCAUCAUCAGAGAACUCACACAGGAGAGAAACCCUUCUCCUGUUCUGAAUGUGGAAAAUGUUUUGUCAUAAAAGCAUAUCUUGUCCGUCAUCAGAGAACUCACACAGGAGAGAAACCGUUCUCAUGUUCUGAAUGUGGAAAAUGUUUUGGCUAUCACUCAACUCUUCGUGCACAUCAGAUAACUCACACAGGAAAGAAACCGUUCUCGUGUUCUGAAUGUGACAAAUGUUUUGUCACAAAAGCAGAGCUUGUCAGUCAUCAGAGAACUCACACAGGAGAGAAACCGUUCUCGUGUUCUGAAUGUGGUAAACGUUUUGGGCAUUAUUCAAAUCUUCUUAAACAUCAGAGAACUCACACAGGAGAGAAACCGUUCGCAUGUUCUGAAUGUGGAAAAUGUUUUGUCAAAAAUUCAGAUAUUGUCUGUCAUCAGGUAACUCACACAGGUGAGGUGAUUUUAGAAUGA